AUGAGCAACUAUAUCGUCAACAAAAUCGAAGAAAAAAUUGGAAUGGACUUGAACGGCGACGGCAAAAUCGGUGGACCAGGUAUCACCUCCCAUCUCGAACAAGCCACUCAUAUCGAUUUUAAUCGCGACGGUGUUAUCGGCUAUCGCCCACCACCCGGCGGAGGUCUCGUUGGUCAAAUCGAACGAACAACACAUAUCGAUAUCAAUCGAGAUGGUUAUAUCGGUGGUCGUCCUGGUCAAUAUCGUCCACAUUGA